GGCGACCACCGGAGUUCUUCCAUUCGUCAGAGGAGUUGAUUUCACUAAAAAUGAUUUUACUGAUGGCAAGUUUCCAGAGAAUGUUGCUGGAAUGUCAGGGUUGCGCUGGUUGCGACUCAACAAAACUGGACUCUCAGAAAUUCCCAAAGAAAUCUCACAACUUAGAAAAUUAGAGCACCUGUCCUUAGUACACAAUGGACUCAAUAGUUUACAUGGAGAACUGUCUGAUCUAGAGAACCUCCGGGCCUUAAACUGUCGCUACAAUAACCUAAAGACAUCUGCCAUUCCUGCAGAUCUCUUCAAAUUAGAGGAUCUCUCAAUAGUGGACUUUAGUCACAACAGUUUGAAGGAAGUUCCCCCAGAACUAGCUGAGGCUACUGGUAUUAUAGUCCUCAAUCUUAGUCAUAACAGUAUCGAGUCAAUCCCAAAUCAGUUGUUCCUGAACCUACUUGAAAUGAUGCACCUGGAUGUUAGUAACAAUGCAUUGGAGACUGUCCCCCCACAGCUGAGGCGAUGCACAAACCUACAGACCCUUAAUCUUAUGAAUAAUCCUCUACUACAUGCUCAGUUUAGACAACUGCCUGCAUUGACUUUGCUAGAGACCUUGAAUAUGAGAAACACACAGAGAACACUCAGUAACUUUCCAGCUGGACUGGACACCCUCACAAACCUAGCAGAUUUGGACCUAUCUUAUAAUGAUCUCCCACGUGUGCCUGAAGCAGUCUACAAAAUGAAGUCUCUGAAAAGACUCAACCUUAGCAGUAACGCUAUCACAGAACUAUCAUCUCUCAUAGAUACCUGGGAGAAGCUAGAGACUUUAAACCUAUCAAGAAAUAAAUUAACAGAAUUACCAAGUUCUUUAUGCAAAUUGACAAAUCUGAAGAAAUUGUACUUAAACAGUAACCAGUUGGACUUUGAGGGCAUUCCUAAAGGUAUAGGAAAGCUUCAUGACCUCGAAGUAUUCAGUGCUACUAACAACAACCUUGAGAUGAUCCCUGAAGGAGUAUGUAGAUGCGGUAAAUUGAAGAAACUUCUCUUGAAUACAAACAGACUGAUCACUCUACCUGAUGCCAUACAUCUGCUCUGCGACCUAGAGCAUAAUCCUAAGGCUACUCUAGUGGAUUUGGAUAUUCGUGAGAACCCAGAUUUGAUCAUGCCUCCCAAACCACCUGAGAUGUUACAUGGGUCUGGGGCAGAGUACUAUAACAUAGACUUCUCACUGAACAACCAGCUAAGACUAGCUGGUGCUGCACCUGUACCUGGAGCUGACCAGUCUCCCAAGCAGAAAAGUGACCCAGUUGCACGCAAGAUGAGGUUAAGAAGAAGACAUGAUACACAAAACGGAGAGGGCGAGAGUGAGAAGAAAGUUCUAAAAGGAAUGAGGGAUAUAGCCAAGAAUAAAGCCAAAGCAUCCAAAGAUGAUGAAGAACAGAAGGAACUGAAACAAGCAGUGAUAAGGGGCAAGAGAUGGGAUGAGACCUUGGAAAAACCUGACCUUGACUAUAGUGAAAUAUUUGAUUAUGACGUGGGUGCUAUACCGGGCGUAACAUGUUGGGAAAUAGAAAACUUUCUGCCAAACCAGGUUGAUGAUGCACUUAUUGGCAAGUUCUAUGAGGCUGACUGUUACAUAGUACUCCAUACCUUCAUAGAUGACUCUCAAAGCUUAGACUGGCACAUAUAUUUCUGGAUAGGAGAAAAGGCUACUCUUGAUAAAAAAGCAUGUUCAGCUAUCCAUGCAGUGAACCUCCGUAACAUGCUUGGUGCUAAUGGAAGGACCAUACGUGAAGAGCAGAAUGAUGAAAGUGAUGAGUUUAUGGACCUGUUUGAUAAUGACAUUGCUUACAUCGAGGGUGGGAGGACCAGCAGUGGUUUCUAUACUGUAGAAGAACUGGAGGUCCCAGCCAGAUUGUAUCGGGUCUACAAAGGCAAAAUAACACCCCGAGUUGAAGCUAUGCCAGCUGAUAUCAGGUCACUAGAUGUCCGCUUUGUUUACCUGUUGGACCUUGGCAAGAAAAUCUACAUCUGGAUGGGGAAGAAAUCUCCCAUUGUUAUGAGGUCUAAGGCAAGGUUGAUAGCUGAGAAGAUUAACAAGAAUGAGAGGAAGAAUAAAUCUGAGAUCAUCUCCUGUAUGCAGGGACAAGAAACUGAGGAGUUUUGGGAUAAAACCAAUGGUCCUCCAAACAGACCUAUUUUGCUCGUUAUUCCCAAUGACCACAGACCCCCAGUGGCAAAACUCUACAAGGUUACACUAGGUAUGGGAUACCUGGAAUUGCCUCAAGUUGAGAUUCCACAUGGAAAGCUUGUCAACACGCUGCUGAAUACAAAAAGUGUUUAUUUAGUGGACUGUCACACUGAUGUGUUUGUAUGGAUUGGCAAGAAGUCUACUAAGCUUGUGAGAGCUGCUGCAUUAAAGCUUUCUACAGAGCUGCAUGGAAUGAUCAAUAGGCCUGCAUACUCCAUGGUCACUAGGUGCUUAGAGGGAGUUGAACCACAGAUAUUCAAAACAAAGUUUGAAGGUUGGGAUGAUGUCAUACCUGUAGAUUAUACCAGGACAUCGGAGUCUGUACAGCGUAGGGGAGCUGAUAUUAAGAAAAUACUUGAGCGUGACCAGAUAAAGACGGACCUAUCUGCAUUGUUCAUGCCUCGACAACCUGCCAUGACUCUAGAUGAAGCCGAAUCUCUAAUGUCUGAGUGGAAUGAGGACCUUGAUGGUAUGGAGGCAUUUGUCUUGGAAGGAAAGAAGUUUGUUCGUCUACCAGAAGAUGAAAUCGGACACUUCUAUAGUGAAGACUGCUAUGUGUUCCUGUGUCGUUAUUGGGUCCCCGUUGAACUACCUUCCGAUGCUGAGGAUGAAGAUGAAGACGAGGAACCCCCGGAGGAUGACUUUACAUGUGUCGUGUAUUUCUGGCAGGGUCGGGACGCUGGUAAUAUGGGCUGGUUGACAUUCACAUUCAGUUUGCAGAAAAAGUUUGAGUCGCUGUUUGGAGAUAAAUUGGAAGUUGUCCGAACACAUCAGCAACAAGAGAACUUGAAAUUUAUGGCUCACUUUAAGAGGAAAUUCAUAAUCUACCAGGGAAAGAGGCAAACAGACAGAGAGGGUACAGAACUGUUCCAAAUGAGAUCCAAUGGCACUCCUAUAUCAACAAGGACGUUACAAGUACCAUGUACUUCAACACAAUUGUGCUCUGAAUUCUGUUACAUCUUGAAAGUUCCAUUUGACUCUGAUGACAUGCCUGGUGUUGCAUAUGUGUGGGUGGGCAAUUUGGCAGACUCUGAGGAAGCCAGGCUCUCUGAAGACAUUGCCAAUGACAUGUUUGCUGAGGAAAACUACUCCAUACAAAUGAUUAAUGAGGGGGAGGAACCUGAAAACUUCUUCUGGGUUGGCAUAGGUGGAUAUAAACCAUAUGAUAAGGAAGCUGAAUACAUGAGAUGUGCACGUUUAUUCCGCUGUUCCAAUGAAAAGGGUUAUUUUACAGUGUCAGAAAAAUGUUCAGACUUCUGCCAGGAUGAUUUAGCGGAUGAUGAUGUCAUGAUUCUUGACAAUGGGGUAGAGGUCUUCUUAUGGGUUGGUCGUAAAACAAGCGAUGUAGAAAUCAAACUAGCUUUCAAGAGUGCGCAGGUUUACAUCCAACACUUGAGGAAUAAACAACCAGAUAAACCUAGGAAACUAUUACUAUCUCUGAAAUAUAGAGAAAACAGACGAUUUGUUAAAUGCUUCCAUGGCUGGGGAAAGCAUAGGGAAGCAAUGGAGUAGUGCAUUAGUGGCACCAAUUAGAGAUGAUUUAGUAAUGGUUGGAAGAUACAAUGUGGCUUCUAUGAAAAACAUCCAUCAACAGCAGGACCUCAACUAAGGAUACCCCUGAACUUGAUUUGGAAGACAUUCUGGUCAUGACAUGCAUGAGCAGAUCUGGAAAUAAACAAAAUGGAGCCAAAAAGUUGUUCUGAAAGUCCCCUUUCCAAGAUUUGAGGACCAUAUUUCUAAAGAAUUUUCACAAGGAUAUUUUUGGGCCUCGAGUGGGCCCAGGUUUGCCAAUACUGAAUAUAUCAACAGUACACACUAGGAAAAAAUUCUGAUGAUUUUAUAAGACAGUUGAAAGCGUUAGUUAUAUGAGAUAUAUGUGUGCUCUGAUAUCUGAGGUUUGAAGUGUGAAGUCUUUAGCAACUGCUAUAUCUAGUAUCUGAGUUGCUUAUUUGUGCAAUAUUUCAAUUUGGGGAAAUCCAUCAUAAUUAAUUGAGUUUUCCUUGUGUUUGUCUUUUUUGCUUCAUUAUUCCCUAUCAAGUCAGUUUUAGAUUGAGUUUAUUCCUGCAUAUAUGAACAACAAUAAAACACGGGACUGUUUGUUAUUGACUUUUUUUAUUUAAUUAUGUAUUUUACACAUGGCCAUGGUGAACCUAUAUAGACCAUAAUGUAUAUGCUUACAUGCAAAUAACUGACUAAAUGUAAACUAUGUACAGACAUUUAUAAACAUGAACAAAUUUUCAAUAAAUCUAAAUUAUAACAAAAUGAUAUGCAUCAUUAUGUUAUGUGUUGAGGAUUAUCACAUAAUUAAUAACUUGCUACUUAAAGCACAAAGUGUACAUAAAUAAAGAUUAAUAGUAUAAGGUACAUACAAUCUCACAGAACACUGCAUUUAAAAUAUUAAUUUAUAAAAUACAAAAGUAAACCGACUGAAAAUGACAUAAUUGCAAAGUAUAAUGUGGAUCCCAAAUAGAUACGUUAUUUUAUCGAAAGUCAUUUCUUUAUCCUGCUUGUGAAAUAUUCAGUGUUUUUAUCCAGUCCCUCAAGUUCAAAAUUAACACAAUUUAGGAAGUAUCCCGUUGUUUAAACUUCCAUUGGUUCUGAAAGAAUCAAAUGUCCAAAUAGCUCAGGCUGACUAUGAGGAAAAUGUUAUGAUAGUCACAUUUUAAGAUGCAAAACAAAGUGGAAAAGGGUGGAUUCAAUUUUAAAUAAAGCAAGCAUAUGACAUAGUAGCAUUCUAAAUUGUAUAGAAAUGCAAGA